AUGUUACCACAUAGGUUUGCCUCUGGACAAUCUUCAGUUAAUCGCAAGUCAAGACUUGAAGGAAAACCGUCACUACUACCAAAACCGCGUCGUCCAGGCUCCACAGACCGAUUAUCAACUGAGGCUCGUCGGCCAUCCACUGCAGGACAUCGUUCAAGUAGCGCUGAACCUGCUCGAGGAACUUUUGGUGCUCGUUUAAGUAGAGAGGCCUCUGCCACCAAAUUACCAUUAAAUGCGAGAUCCCGAUCGCAGACAAGUGAAGAUAAAUAUGGCCAAGCUCCCACUACUCCACUGCGAACAAGUCAUUAUUUGAGACCAACAACAACACCAGUGAGAACUCCAUCUGGAGACCGUUUAGAUAGAAGCUGGAAAACAUCCCUCGAAAGAGCACUUGCAUUUGUCACUGUUAAAGAUCAGAGACCCAUCUCAAAUGUAGCAUGGCAAAGAUCAGAGUAUACCCGUGUGGUGGAGGCAUUAGCAGUGCGGGGAGAAGGUGGGGGCAAAACCCUGGUCCGGCCAUUGACUAUCACUCAGUUUGUGAACAUUGUUGGUGAUUUACUUGGUGCAAUAUCAAAAGAUUCAAAGUUGAAUAAUGAUAAUUAUGUUACUAAGUUACCGCACUUGUCCAAGAGACUGUUGUAUCCGGGUGCAGUUUCCAAGUCCUGGCUAAAGACGGUCAACACUCUCCAUGCCUUUCCACAUGCUUUAGCCCUCAUUGGCUACUUAUUGGAUCUAGUUUCUGAUAUUGAAAAGCCAGUGUCAGACGAAUGGUUGUAUGUGGGCAAAGACGAGCUCUCCUGCUUGCGACGUGACUAUCUAUAUAAGUGUUGGAUGAGGUUCCAAAACCCUGGACAUCAAUUUGAGGACUUGAACGAGGAAUAUUUGUUAAACCUUAAAUCUCUGCUGGGAAAUGAUGAAGAAAAGAUAGCCGAGUUACAGCAGGUUAUUAAUAAGUAUGAAGCGUGCCUGGAGGACGAGGCGGAGCUGGCGGCGCGGGCGCAGGAGGCGCGCGUGGCGCAGCGCCGCGACGCGCUGGGCGCCGCGCUGCGGGAGCGCCGCGCCGCGCGCCGCCGCCAGCGCGACCACCUCGCGAUCCAGCGCGACCUGGCCAAGGAGAUGGCGGAGACUGUCCGAGCACUCGAUGUGGAGAUUGAGCAGGCUACGCGGUCGCUGGCGGCGGUGAGCGCGCAGGUGGCGGCGCAGGCGCUGUCGCGGGCGGAGCGCGCGCGCCUGCUGGACGACGUGGACUACGCGCUGCGCGUGCACGACUCCAAGAUCGCGCUCGCCGACCAGAUAUCCAAGAUGGUGCUGAGCAAGGAGACGGAGCUGGCGCUGUGGCAGAAGAAGACCCUGGACAGCUGCGUGGAGUACCAGCAGGGGCUCAUCCACCUGACGGCGCAGCUGCCCGCGCUGGCCGAGCUCGCGGUGGACGAGACAUCGCUGAUGGAGGCGGCGUGCGCGGCGCGCGUGCAGGGCGCGGUGGGCGCGCUGCGCGAGCAGGCCGCCGCGCUGGCGCAGCGCCGCGCCGCAGCCGCGCGCGACCGCUGCAAGCUCGGCCGCCAGCGCCGAGCCAUGCUCGAAGAGAGCCGAGCAAAGAUCACCGAGCUGAACACAGUGGUUCAAGCGGAGCAGGAGUCUUUGUCAGCGGAGCGCGCACGCGAGGCGGAGGAGGCGGCUGCGGGCGCGGCGCGCGAGGCGGCCGUGAGGGCGCAGGCCGAGCGGCUGAGGGCGCAGGCCGAGCGCCACGCCAGGGUGCUCGCCGACAGGGACUACUGGCUUCGGCAGGAUGACAUGUGGCGCACGCGGCUGUCGGAGCUGCAGCAGUACAUCGCGGCGCAGGCGGCGUCCGGCGCGCGCGCGUUGGAGGAGGCGCGGGAGCUGCGCCUGUGCCGCGUUCGGGCUGCGCUGGCGGACUGGCACGAGAAAAUCGGCCAG